AUGGCGUCGAUCGCAACCUCCGCGCCCUCCGCGCGCGCGAUGCUCCGAGCGAGCGCGCUGACGUCUCGCCGCGCGUCGUCGUCGUCGUCAUCGCGCGCGCGCGUUGUUAGUGGACCGCGAUCGUCCCCGACGCGUCGCGGCGCGACCGCCGCGUCCGCGUCCGCGGCCGGGGACGCCGGCGCCGCGCCCGAGUCGUUCGAAGGCGAGCUCAUCGCGAACAACGCGGCGUCGCUGAACGGCAAGCUUCGAACGCUCGUCGUCGGCGUCGCGGACGAGCGCGGGGACGAGCUCUUGAACCAUCGCCAGCGCACGUCCGGGACGCUGUUUAAACACGCUCGGUGGAUCGACGCGUUCGAACUCCCGGGUCAGUACGUCACGAUAACCGACGUGGACUCCGGAAAGGCGAUCUCGAAGCCGAUCUCGGUGAGCCCGUACAGAGCGCGGAGCACGGCGCCGAACUCGGACGUCAGCGUCGUGGAGCUUCUGCUCGACACCGGGAGCGACGACGGGGAUGAAAACUUUUUCGCCGCCGCGCAACCGCCGAUGCGUCUGCGCGUCUCCGCGGUGAAAGGCUGCGGGUUCGAGAACCCGCUUUUCCCGGAGUACUGCCUGAAGUCCGCGAUCGAGCGCGGGCACGCGAUCGUGUGCGUCGCCGGCGGACCGAGAGGGAUGGGGCCGUUACGGAGCGUCAUCGAGUGGCCGCCGGUGAGCUCGCACGCGGGGAAAAACCCAGUCACGCUGUUGUAUUUACACGCGGGGGACUCGCAGAGCGCGGCGUACGUCAGCGAGUGGGAUUCUUGGCGCGAGGGGGGAACGAAGGUCGUGACGUCGUACGACGAUUUCGACGCCGGGUUGUUCGCGGUGAGGCAAGCGAUCGCGGGCGGCGGCGGCGGGGGGGGGAACUUUGACCGCGUCGUCGGCGCGGAUCCGAAAAAAACCACCGUGCUCAUGGCCGGUCUCUCCGGCGACGAAGCGAGCGCGCUGCUGCAGAUCUUCAGCACGAACAAGAAAGUUCCGAAGGAGCAGAUCCUCGUCAUGCCGGACUUUGCGCUGAAGAAGAAGAAUACGUGA